UUUUUUCUAGUAUAAUUAUAGUCAAAAGCCAGAAUAAGCAGGAAUAUUCGAGAUGGUACUGUUGCCCGAGUGAAUUUGCGCAACGCAAAGUCGGGAAAAUCCCAUUGUCUAUCCGCUUCAGGCCCAAGUCCGGGGGGGGGGGGGUGUCGUAAAUUUGACAAUUUCGUCGAUUUUCAUCAAGAAUAAAACUUUCUCGAUCCGAGCCUCGAGCGCCUAUACGCAUGAAUGUGCAUCGCGGUACGUUCAACGGCCGCGCAGGUAUAAUCCUCUUUUCGAGGCCUCUCUAUAGUACUUACAUUUACAAUGCUAAGUCUGUAACGGCCUGGCGAAUAUCCGUGAAAACGUCCCCACUCCCCGAGAGUACGACAAAAAUAAUAGCUUACUGGGUGCUCAGGUACGCGAGGCCGCGCGAGUAAAUAGGGCCUAUAAGGGCCAUUCCAAGGGUGGGGACACUCGGCCGAGAGCCGGACAGACUGUUGCGAGAAGCUUUAGUAGCGAGUUCAAGCCCAAACGAGCAACAAGUCCAACGCACGGGACAGCGAUGCGAGGACUUUUAGCCAGUUGCGAAAUGCAAGCUCAGCGUUGAGCAUCCAAAGUGCAGCGGAGAGAUGGUAGCGCCCGCAGAGUGGAGCCAUCAGAGUAACAUGCCGGGAACGUACUCGGAGGCGCUCGGAAGGCCGCUGACCGAGCCCGAGGUGCGCGUGAAACGCUGCUUGGAGCGGAUGCCGGUUCCGGACUGGUACCGGAAGUACUCGAGGCCACCCAACAUCCUGAAGAACUGCGUACCCUUCGAGUGUCGCCCGGCCUCCUGGAGGACCUACAAGAAGCCCGGCAACUCGCCGAGAAGGUCGACGAAGAAGAGAUCGUUCCGGAAGUCACCGGAGCAGUCGGAGUCAGAGAGCUCGCGCACCUCGACGGCGGACAGCGGCUACCAGGAGGACAGAAUCCACGGGACUCCGAAUCAGCCGAGGAACGAGGACUCGAGGACGGAGAUCGACGAGGACCUCUCGCUGCUACUCAGCGCGAGCAACUGGAGCUUCCGCAGCCCGCUCAACAACAGCAACAGCUUUCCCCGCGCGAGCCGCUCGCGAAGGAUCGAGAACAUCAACAUCGUGUUCCCGCAGCCGUUGACCGAGACGGCACCCUCGGCCCCCCCCAAGACCGUCUACAGCAAGACCAAGAACUUUGACCUGCAGCAGCGAGACGCCGGGCAGAGCGAGAGCCAGAGCCCGAGUAGCAACAAGUCGCACGCCAGCUUCCUCAUAGCCGACCUCGAGCCCAGUGGACUGACCACGCGGAUGCAGGUGUUCGCCGGGCCGCUGACCUCCGACUCCGGUUCCUCCGACGAGGAGCAGUCCCGGCGCGGCGCCUCCUCGCCGCACUCCCGCUUCCUCAGCUCCGCGAAGAAGUCGACGGCGCUCGAGAGGAUCGUGCAGAGCCGGCGCACCGAGUCCGGCGGCGGCCUCAUCCAGAAGAUCAUCGAUGAGCUGAGCCGCAGCAGCGGCCCGGAGGCGCAGGACUUGGUCGCGAGCAUGGCCGACUACGCCAGGAGCGAGGAGAAGGAGGAGGAGGAGGAGGAGGACCAGCGGAGCAUUGUCAGCAGCGACUCCGAGCUGGCCAAGUCGACGAGCAUCUCCUUCAAGUCCUACGACCUGGACAGCGCGGACGAGCACCCCAGCAGUCCGCUGCCGGCCCUGAGCUCGGCCGGCGAGUACUGCUCAUCCGGCGAGGAGGAGGAGGAGGAGGAGGAGGAGGAUCGGGUCUACUGGAUCCCUUGCUACAAGAACUCGGACAUGCCGCGCACCAGCUCGCAGAUGAGCAACUGCCUGAGCAGGAGCGGCCGUCGCAGCGGACACAGCUCACCGGGGCUCAGUCCCAUCAAGCGGGAGGACUGGCUGCAGAAGCAUGCCGACAUCUGGGCCUCCAGCUGCAACGCGAGGGAGACGACCAAGGCGUCGUGGCGACAGCUCUUCAGAAUCGACGAGACCGGCGUCGGGGACUCGGGCUACUCGGACAGGUCGGCCACGCUCGGCUCGGGCCGCAGCAGCAGCGGGAGAUCCUCGUCGCCGGCCUACUCCUCCUCGGUAUCGUCAACGCCGACCCUGCAGCGCAGCAGCUUGUACGAGUCGGGGCCGUACUGCAUGAGGUCCAUUUUCGUCUAGAUUUCGUCAGGAGGGUUAUAAUGUUUGCUGAACCACUUUAUUUUAACGUAAAAGACAGUUUUUCUUUUGUUGAAUUGCUCAUUUUUAUCAUCCGUUUUUGUUAAAUUUCUCGACCUUUCUGAAACGACAAAACGCCCAAUGCAAAUGCGUACAAAUACUGCGCGCGUGAGAGUCCAUCAAAGGUUCGACGCGCGGGAAAGCAGCUAUAGGUAUUUUAUUUUUUACGAAAUCUACAAAAAAUAACAAUUUAAUCGCGAGGAAUAAAUAAUAGUUUUAAAGUUCUUACUGUAUAGCACGUAGUCUAGUUGAUAAUUCACCGCAGUAGGCGCGCGAAUAAACAUCGCCUUUAUUCGCCAGACUCCGCGGCAAAGAAAGCAAACAUAUGCACACAGUUAUUAACGACGCUUGUACGCGCGCGGUUUUGCCCCCGUACGGCGUCCCAGGACAUUUCACAAACUAGGAUUUAACGUAUAUCAUAACAUAGGCUAGAAGUUUCGUCGUAAGCUGUAAAUAUUAUGCGCGUAGUAGUCUAUAUCUAUAUAGUUGAUAAAUUAUCUGCAGUAGGAGCGCGAAUGAAUAUAACGCGUUUGUUCGCCAGACUCUGCGAUGGAAGGUCUACGAGAACUCAAAUUAUCAUAUAAGCACACUUGUACGCGCGUGGUUUUGCCCCCCGUACAGAGUGUUCCGUAUAUACGGAUAUCGAAAAUACGACACCGGACAAACUCUACAGAAAAAUAACCCUACACGCUACACAGUAAAUUCCCUGCACAGAAUUUCGGUGUUGUUUCACUACGCCGCAAAACUCGACACAAUCGUAUAACCUAUAUUGUUAUACAUCGUUGACAACAAUAGGUUAUACGAAUUUGUAGAGUUUUGCGGUGUAGUAAAAUUACCGAAAAUGUCUCCAGGGUAUUUACGUGCGGUAUUUAUUUAUUGUGUAGAAUUAUUUUGUGCAGCGUCUAGAGUUUGUCCGCCGUCUCAAAUACAAUAUUCAUAUGCUAUCUAUAGUAGAGUAGUUUUAUCGGAAUAAGCUGUACAUACUGCGCGUAGUAUAUUCGAUAUUACAAUAGCUGAUAAGUUAUAUCUGCAGUAGUGCGCGAAUGGGCAUCGCGUCUAUUCGCCAGACUCUGCUAAAGUGGAAAAAAGAUUCGACUGUAACUAUAAACACUCGUACGCGUGUGGUUCGUCCCCGUACGCGUGUUCCCGGACACUCACAAAGUAGAUUUAAGCUUAGGUCUUUAGCGGCUCAUCAUAUAAAGCUGUAUAUCGUGGAGAUAACCCAGUUGAAAAAAAAAAUCACAUGUCUUUAUCAAUAUGUUAAAAACAUGUACUUUUAUCAUAUGUUUUUGUGGUUUCAAUUUAACAUAUGAUAAAAUCACACGAUAAAAACAUGUGACAAAAGCAUAUACUAAUAACUCUCCUGAUUGUUAAUCAAAAAUAAAACUUAAAAGCGAGACAUUUAUUAUAUUUGGUGACCGUAAAUGGUAGUACCAUGCGGAUGAUAACACCAAAAAUAGAUCAUAUGUCUAUGUUAUACGCAACUUGACUUUGAAAAGUUUAAACACAAAACAAGUAGCUUUUAUGGUCACCAAAUAUAAUAAAUGUCUCGCUUUUAAGUUUUAUUUUUGAUUAACAACCAGGAGAGUUAUUAGUAUAUGCUUUUGUCACAUGUUUUUAUCGUGUGAUUUUAUCAUAUGUUAAAUUGAAACCACAAAAACAUAUGAUAAAAGUACACGUUUUUAACAUAUUGAUAAAGACAUAUGAUUUUGUUCAACCGGGAAAUAUAUUUUUUUAACUAUAUUUUAUAUUACAUCAGGAUAAGUGUACAUACUGCGCGUAGUCUAUUCUGUAUUACAAUAGCUGAUAAGUUAUAUCUGCAGUAGUGCGCGAAUAGACAUCGCGUCUAUUCGCCAGACUCUGCCACAGAAGAAAAAAGUUUCAACAGUAACUAAUACAAACACUCGUACGCGUGUGGCUCGUCCCCGUACGCGUGUUCCCGGACACCCCACAAAGUAGAUUUAAGCUUAGAUCUUUAGCUUUUAUACUAUUGUAUACCGUGGAGAUAAAUAUAUUUUUUUACUAUAUAUUUAUAUUACAUUAGGAAUAAGUGUACAUACUGCGCGUAGCAAAUUUCAUAGCUGGUAAGCUCUCCGCAGUAGUCGCGUCUAUUCGCGAGACUCUGCUAAAUCGACAGCUUGAAAAACAGUAAUUAUAAACGCUCGUGCGCGUGUGGCUCGUCCCCGUACAAGUGUUCCAGGACACAUAUCAGAAAGUAGAUUUAAGCCUAGAUCUUUAGUCGCGUCGCGCCAUCUUAAAUCGCGUGAUUAAUCGAUAAGCUCUCUACAUAGUGGAUGCGUGUAAUCCUUAUAUGCUUUUAUUCGUCAGACUCCGCGGUAACGAAUGAUCUCUCCAACUUAGAUUCAAGCUCUUAGAACUUAAGCGGCGUCAUCGUUUAUAAGCUGUACUUGUUAAGCUAUAGGUGUAUACUUGUAUAGUCUAGUUGAUAAUUUGUCUGCGUUAGAGCGCGAAUGAACGUCGUUUCGUUCUUCAGACUAUGCAGCAGUGACACACAGGAAUUUUAAACAGUUAUUGUAAACACUCGAUACGCGCGUGGUUUUGCCCCCGUACGCAGUGUCCAGGACAUUUCACAAAGUAACAUUUAAGCUUUUAGAAUUUUAGCGGCGACAUCGCGUAUAAGCUGUACAUAUUUUACGUUAGGUCUACGGUCUAGUUGAUAAUUAUUCUCCGCGCAGGACACCCAUCAGAAACUCUAUACAAAAUAAUAACCCUACACACGCCACAGGAAAUAAGAGCUUGUACGGUGUCCUCUAUGCAGCACGUGUCAAGAAGAAUUUUAAAUCAGUUAUAUUUUCCCGUAUACAGUGCAUUGCAGGCCAUUUCACAAGACUACAAUAAGCAUUUGUCGGUGCGCAAAUAAAUAAAUCUGUAUUCUCUCAAGCUAUGCGAUAAUAUUCAAGACAUAUUCAUCGCAGUAUAUAUGUACGUAAGCGCACUUGUACAGGCAGAAUGUGUCAGUGCGCCUUAAGAAUACACAAUAAAUUCGAGCUUGAAUCGACUAUAAACUCUGUUUA